AUGAACCUUUGGCUUCGUCAUGUUCACAAACUCUUUCACUUUUCUUCUCGUACGAAUUCAGUUCCUGCUAUACAGCCUCGCGAUCCAUGGGAUUUCCCUGCUACUCGACCUCGCCGCAGGUCGCAACUCAUUCGAAUAAGCUCUCCGCCCCGCCGCUCGAAUAGAAUCACGCAGUUCUUGCGCCAGGGCCUUCCCUUUCGUAGAUCUGGACCCCAAUCCGAACCACCUGUUGUUGAAGUUGCACCCGGGCAGAAAUUCACUCGUCUUGCUGCUGCUAAAUUACCAGAAUACAAGAAAGUCGAUGAUACCCGGCACCCCUCUAGACAGCAGACUACCGCACCGGCGCAGGGUGACCCCACUCUUUCAGCAUCAGCGACAGUAUAUGUACUGAUUAUGGGAACUCAGAUGUUCAUUGAGUCAAGGUUCUCCUCUGCUAUUACUCGUGCUGGCCUCAUGGCAGACUGA